ACGAAAGUUCCUGUGACGUACACGGUACUAAAACGUAAACAGCCAUGGCGGACUCCGAGUGGGUGUUUUUCGCCGUCAGCAACAUCCCGGUUAUGUUCCGUUCCGUGGAUCUAAGAAACUAUUUCAGUCAGUUCAUAGAAAGCGGUGGCUUUCAGUGUUUUCACUACAGACACCGACCAGAGGUUCUGAAAGAUCCGGACGGGCCCAGAGCCACAGAGCGCGAAGACGCCGCCGGCGAGGAAAACGACAGCAGCAGCAGGCCCGAACCCUCAUCAGAACCCGAACCGACAGCACAGAGCAACUCCACGUCCAGACCGCCAGCAAAGACCUGCUGCUGCAUCGUGUCGGUUCGACCCAAAGACGCGGACCGGUUCGUGAAGAUGUACGCGGGAAACCACUGGAUCAACUCCAAGGGAAACUGGCUGUCGAGGCGCUGCGUGAUCCGGAGAUUCAAAGUCUCACAAGAAAAUGAGGAAGUCUUCCCAUAUAAGACAAAACACGAGCAGCGGCGCCGCGUGGCUUUGUCGGAACGCUUCACAGAGGCCGACCUCAGAGCCUUGCCUGAGCUCAACCCACCCGCUCUGAUGCGGCACGGGAACGUGGGCACCCCCCUCAAAGUUUUCCUUCAGCUCAUCCAGUCCUGCCGCCUCCCCCCACGACUCAUUCGAAAGCUGGGCCUCACUUUCCCAAAGACCAGCUCCAGUCGUCGCUACGGAAACGUACCCUUCCUCUAUAACAACACGUGCACCCUCCCCGCCACGGAAGAUACGGUACUAACAGCCGCUGGACAUGAAAUAGCCGGUCCUGGCGCUUGGUCAGUUCCCUCUUCGAGACGGAGCCAGGGGACUGAGCAUGUGCAGGAGGAUGAAGAGGAAGACGAAGAGGAAGAGGAGGAGGAUAGACAGUCAAACACAGAUGAUGAUGAGGAUUACUGCGAGGAGUGGGAGCGCCACGAGGCUCUGCAUGAGGACGUCACCAGCCAGGAGCGAAGCAAAGAAAGACUGUUUGAAGAAGAGAUUGAGCUGAAGUGGGAGAAAGGGGGCUCGGGUCUGGUGUUUUACACUGAUGCUCAGUACUGGCAGGAGGAGGAAGGAGACUUCGAUGAGCAAACAUCAGACGACUGGGAUGUUGACAUGAGCGUUUACUACGAUAAAGAUGGAGGCGACAUGGACGCUCGUGACUAUGUCAGAAUGCGAUAUGAGAGGAGGCUGAGGGAAGGAACUGAUAGUGGAUCGGGGCACAAUCAAUCUAUUGGCAGCUUUGAGAAGUUUACUAAGGGUAUUGGUCGGCGAGUGAUGGAAAAGCAAGGCUGGAGGGACGGGGAAGGAUUGGGAAACAGUCAGGUUGGGACUCCAGAUGCUCUCAAGAAUGAAGGUCAACAUCCACACUGCAAAAGAGGCUUCGGGUAUCAUGGAGAGAAACUGGUUCUACAUUCUGUGAAAAAAGUCAAAACGGACCAUCUAAUAUCAACGGUGUAUGAUAAACCACAAGACGUAGAUGGAGGAGACAGUUUACUCAGACGCCAGCCAAGCACCAGCAUGAAGUACAGAGGAUGGCAACCAGGAGGCAGUAUUGGAACAAAAAGAUGACCAUUUGUCAUUUCCUUUGUGUGUGUGCUUUUGUAUUAAAUUUUAAGCCAGUGGC